AUGUCUAUCCAGCAGUUCGAGCCUAUCAGUGAUAAUGAGGAAGAUGAUGAUUGUGGUCAUGAUAGUGAUGGUGAUAGUGAUGCAUCUUCGCCAAGAACCCAAGUUCUUAGCCUAGCCCAGCCCCUUGUUGAAGUUGAACAGAGCCAGCGGACUCUAAUAGAGGAUGAAACUAGUGGUGAGCCUAGCUUACCUAGUACACAGCGUUAUUCAGGGAGGGUUCGGCAGCGCUCAACACUUCUUAAUGGAUAUGAAACUGAGGGUUGGAAGCGCCGGAAAACUUCGAACUAG